CUACAAGAGAAGACUUGGGGAGCCCGGCGAGCAAGACCCCUGCAGGCUGAAUGCACUCAAGCUAGUAGGACAGAACAUCGAGAAACAAAGCCGUUUUUACACACAGUCGAUUCAGAAGCAGACGAUAGAGAGAAAAUGUGAAGAUCUUUAGUUGUCACAGUGUUGGAGUAGUCAACAGUAACCGGGAAAGAUGGCGAGGACACAGACUCGCAUGUUCCUCGCCUUGGCUUUGCUGGGAAUUUUCUUCCUCGAUGUCUCGGUGAAAGGACAGCUGCAGGGAGAGCAACAGGAGGAGGAGGAGGAGGAGGAGAGGUCCUGUCAGGGUGCCUUCGACCUCUAUUUUGUCCUGGACAAAUCUGGAAGCGUGAAGAAUCACUGGAUAGAGAUUUACUCUUUUGUGAAGCAGCUGGCAGAGAAGUUUAUCAGUCCCAUGCUGCGCAUGUCCUUCAUUGUAUUCUCCACAAGAGGAAACAUCAUCAUGAAACUGACUGAGAAUAGGGAGGCCAUCACUGGAGGCUUAACGGCUCUGAAAAUGGUCAUCCCUGGAGGAGAUACAUUUAUGAACUUAGGCCUGGAGAUGGCUAAUGCACAGAUAUAUCAAGAGAGGCACGGGACAGCCAGCGUUAUCAUCGCUCUGACCGAUGGAGAACUGAAUGAGUGGCAGUUUGACACAGCUCAGCGAGAGGCACAGAGGGCCAGGUCUAUGGGAGCCAUUGUUUACUGUGUAGGGGUCAAAGAAUUCAACCAGACCCAGCUUGCAACUAUUGCAGAUACUGUGGAACAUGUGUUUCCUGUAUGGGGAGGCUUCCAAGCCCUCAGGGGAAUCAUUGACUCGAUCAUCAAGAAGUCCUGCAUUGAGAUUCUAUCGGCAGAGCCGUCCAGUGUGUGUGCAGGAGAGAGUUUCCAGGUGGUGGUGAGAGGCAAUGGGUUUCUCCAUGCCAGAAACACUGACCAUGUCCUCUGCAGCUUCAAACUGAACGAUACACACACUGUGGAUGAGAGACCAGCUGGAAUAGAAAAUACCUACCUGCUCUGUCCUGCUCCUGUCAUAGAGGAGGUUGGGAGGGUGAUCUACCUGCAGGUGAGCAUGAACGAGGGUCUCUCCUACAUCACCAGCUCUGUUCACAUCACUACUACUGAAUGUUUCGACGGCACCAUCGUGCUAAUAUCGUUGCUGGUGGUGUUCCUGCUGUUGGCUCUGCUGCUGAUGUGGUGGUUCUGGCCUCUCUGCUGCACUGUGGUGAUCAAAGAACCUCCACCGCCUCCUCCCCCAGAACCAGACUCAGAUGAUGAUGAUGGGAUGCCCAAGAAAAGGUGGCCCACAGUGGAUGCAUCCUAUUAUGGAGGAAGAGGAGUGGGUGGCAUCAAGCGCAUGGAGGUGCGGUGGGGGGAGAAGGGGUCCACAGAGGAAGGUGCUAAGCUGGACAAACCUAAAAAUGCAGUUGUAAAGAUGCCAGAGCAGGAAUUUGAACCAUAUGAGCCCAAGCCUCGAAAGCCACUCCGCCGCCCCCCACAGCAGAGGAAGUGGUACACGCCCAUCAAGGGGAAGUUAGAUGCUCUGUGGGCUCUGUUCAGGAGAGGCUAUGACCAGGUAUCUCUGAUGAGACCACAUCCUGGAGAUCAGGGUCGUUGUAUCAGUUUCCAACGAGUCAAAGAUGGGGAGUCCACCCAAAACAACCAGGCUCCACCUCGCACACAUCACUCUCACUCGGCUCCUCCUCCUCCACCUCCCACUGCCGAACUGCGACCUCUGGUCUCCAACUCAGUCCCCCGUACGAAGCCUCCGUCGAAAGGGCCCCGCACCAUGCCACCCUCCCGCGUACCCCCUUCUGUGGUCCAACCCCCUCCAGGUCCACCCCCAACUCGUGCACCCCCGGGGCCCCCAGGACCCCCGCCAUCUCGGCCCCCACCCAGGCUCUGAUGAUGAAGGGAGGGCCUCCAAUAAUCAACAGGUACAUCAGCUCAUUCUGUAAAAAAAAAAAACAUGUCCUCCUUUUACCCCGAAGACUGAGACAGCAGAGAGGCGUAAAAUCUUAAAAGGCAGGAGCUCUGACUUGAAGCUCUGUGCUUUGUUGCUGGACAGCAAAAAUAUUUAUCUGAUAUCAAAAUCAGCUACUGAGUUUCAUCAAAGAUAACAAUUUUAUAAAAAAACAAAAAAACAUUAUAGACAAAACACGCAUAUAGUUACUUGAUUAAGCCUGUAUGUACAGUAUUAGAUGUCCUGUUGGUAAGAGUAAGUGCAAUCCUUUCUGGAAAUUUAACAAGGAUGUGUGUGUUUUUGAAAGUUAGAUUGUAACAGUUUGUGUAUGAAUGAUGAAAUAGAAUAAACCUGUUUACUUUGGGGUUAGUGGAGAAUAGUAAUGUUAAGCAGCGAUGUGGUGAACAAUACAGCAUGUAAUGAAAGAUAAUAGCAAUGUUGGCUUUGUUUGUUAAAUGUACACUAUCUUAGAUUUCUACAAAUCAGACUGGUUCAUGGCUUCACCUUCUCUAAACUAAACAAACUUCUACAUCCUAGUUAAAAUUCAGUCUAAAAGGUCAGUGAUCUUAUUGCAACUGCAGGGCAGUUUCUCCCUAUUUUAUUUAUUUAUGCCCUAUCUGCAUCUGUUUUCUAUUUAGUAUCAGGUGGGUUUUGGGGAUUUCAAGUAUUUGAGAGAGGGGGGUACGGAGGUGGAUAUAAGGAAACAUUGUGGCAUGGCAUCUCAUGUAUUUGCAGUCUUAUUAGGACCUUCAAGUUGAAAGAUUGCAUUGAAGAUUUGUAUCUUCAGAGUUCUCCCUUAUAUACAGCAUUUACUGACUGAAAUGAUCAUUUGUAUUUUUUCUUUAUUAACAACUUUUUGUGUCUGUCUUCAAUAAACAAAAUGGGUUUUUUUA